AUUUACCUAACGUUGGAAGCGAGAAAAAAGGAAAAUAUGCGCCGCUCGGUCUUUUACAUGGGCCGUAGUUUCACCCGGCGGCAUCUCAAUGCAUGCCGAAGCCCUUUGGCAACGGGAUAUAUACGGCCAAACUGCUUUUCGUUCACUACCAAGGGAUUGGCGUCUUCUCCGUUGCUAACGAGUGCGUUGUCCAGUGCAUGCAACUCGCCAGGUUCUUUACUGCCGUCAUCUAGUAGCAUGGACGGGAACCUCAGCCAAAUUUUAGCUACUGUCAUGGCACAGGGUUCGCUAGCGUCGCUCUGGUUGGCCACAGGUUGCAUUCGAAAUAUAGCAAUGUGUAUAGCAUGUGAAAGGGUAUUAUGCGGAGUUGUGAGUCUAUCUCUGGUGGUUGACAACAACAAAUGUUAAUAGACCUUUGCUCUAAAAGAGCAACCAAUCAAACUGGAAAAAGCGCAUUGCCAUUGCUAUGGAUAUUUCUUCCCUUACCCAGGAGCCUUCUCGUUGAAUUUUUUUAAUUGGAAAAGAUAUUUCUCUUAUUUUUCAGUCCUUGAAUUACUUUUUCGUUAUUUUUGCGUUAUUGACAGUUUUAAGUGAGUACGCAAAAAAGGAAAAAUGAUUUCGUGAGUGUGAAGCAUGCAUAUGACGCAAUAUUCCUUUUUUUUUGUCCCAAAUUAAGGCUAUCGUAAUCAAUUUCUAAUACACACCCAUAUAUAUAUAUAUAUACUACAUGAUUCUUCACAUGGAACUCGUAUUCUCACGUAUCAAUCGCACCCAUUUUGCUGAAUGGAAAAAAAUUAGAGUUACAGUUCCUUUGGUUCUUAUUGCUGCGGAAAUUCAUAUUUACAUAUUACUUUU